AUGACUGCCGGCAUUCCCACGAUUGAAGCAGGGCUGAUGGCAGUGCCCAAGACAGAGUCCUUUGUGAGCCUGCAAAACGGGUUUCAGGUGCUACCACAGAGCACGCUCCCCAGUGGACAUUCCAGUGAAGGAAUACUCAGGGGCUCCUGUCUCAGUGAGAGAGCCCCGAACCCACUUAUUUACCCCACAGCUCAGAAGUGGUCUGAGGUAUUCUACUGCAACGACUGGAGAGCAGACACCGCUCACGACAGGGCGCUGACAGCCGCAGAGCACGGGGGCAGCCCUGCUGCUCGCGGUCUAGUGCGGGCUCACCGCCGCCACGCUAGGCAUACCCUUGGUCAAGGGGGUAGCGGCCUGCAUGCCGAGGAAAGACAUGGCGGGCAUCCACACACAGACAGCCCUCAAACCCCAAAUACUGAAACCGUGCAGUCUCCACAGGGAUGCACCCACGUAAAUCAGCCCUUCAAGACCACCUUCUCAACUCAUGAGUGA